GAAAAACUGUACUUGCCUGAACAUGUGCUGUUAAGAAAUACGCAAGGAUUACAUGCUCCAAUACGUCUGGCAAUGGAAUUAAAGGCUGCUGAAAAGAUUGGAAGACUUCCAUUUCUUCCAUCGUCGCAUAUGAUGAAAGAUGUACUUGGAAAGGAUGAAGAAAUAGGAUAUAUUAAAUAUACCUAAAUUUAAGGAACAAAUAGGCCAACCGCACGCUAUUGAGAAAAGUCUUGGGAUUUUAUAAUCUUCUGUUAAUAGUAAAUCAUUUACUUUAUAUUAUCAAACAUCCUAAGUAACAAUAAAUGAUUAAUAAGUGUCUAA